AUGCAUACUGUUGGAUUAUGGAUCUGGAUAGCCGUUAUUUCAGUCAUCGCGAUUUUGAUUAUCUUCCCUCUGGUAGGCUUGCCCUAUCUCCUAUUGAUGUUCUUCUACCAUCUGAAGAAGAGAUGCUGGGCCACGUCAAGCGUCCAUGGGCAGUUUGAGGACCCCUACCUGAGUCACUCACAAGCUUAUGUUAAAGAGACAAAGUCAAUACCAGAGAGCGCAGAUGAUGAUGGAGCUCAGACACUCGUGCCCCCGGGAGGUAAGCAAGGCACCUGUGAAGAAACAUCUAGAUCAACUCCAGAUCUUGAUGCUUACACUGCCAGGGCUCGGGCUCAGGCGGAAAGAAAGCGCGACGAUGGAGUCUCUGUUCAGGCUGAGGCGGGUAACUCUAGCAAAGCACAAAGUGCUCGCAUUGAGUACGAGUCCUUCAAGCGCUUCUCUGCUAUCGGCAGGAAGGCAAACAACAAGAAACGGUCACGACCGACACGGGAGACGUCAACUGCUCCAGGCCAGGAGGGCGCUCGGGUGAGCAGCGACGAUGCUUCGGCUACAGAGCAAUGCUUGCCAGCAAAAGACGCUGAUGCUGACUCGGGCAGUUCCAGUGAGCGACCAACCCUGGGCUCGUCGAGUACUACAGAGAAGACCCAAAUCUCGAGCCCGCGAACCAGUUCACCGAAAAGAUCGUCGUCAUCUGCCGAUUUCUGGUCGGAUCCAUGGGAUUACGUCAAGAUGCAGCAGCAAAACGAUGACAACGCUAAGCAAGGCACUCCCGAAGAGCUCUUCGAUCAUAGCGAGUCCUUCUAUGGACCAGGUCCGCAAGGCAACCAAUCGAAUUCCGGCUCCCACGGUUCACCCGGAGCUGGGCCAGAUAGCCGGCAGCAAAGCGAACACAGUGAGGACGGACGACAGCAACAAGACUCUCAGCAACAACAAAGUCCACAGUCUCCAGCCCCCGAGUCCGAAUCCAUCUCGCCGUUCGAUCCAUAUGUCGUCCUUAGCGUGGCCCGUACGGCUUCAACCAAGCAGAUCAAGACUGCUUUCUAUAAACUUUCGCUCAAGAACCAUCCAGACAAGUUGCACACCAGUGCCACUGAAGAAGAACGUAUCGUGGCCAAGAACGCUCAACAACAGCUGAAUCGUGCUCAUGAGAUAUUGUGUGACCAGAUCUUGAGGCUGGUGUAUCAUAUGCAAGGCAUAGCAGGCCUGGGGAACGAAGCGGCCGUGAACGUGUACAGGAAGGGGUGGAGUGAAUAUGAGGGCGAGCAGAUGGAGGCCUGGUUUGUGGCAGGCAUGAUCGAGCGGUCCGAGAGUUGA